ACAUCUGGGUCCAUCCCCUGCCUCAAGAGAUGCUGGACGUCCCAUCUGUAAAUCAUCUCAAUGAAACACAUGUCCACAGUGUAAUUUGACAGCCCGGAGGGAUUGUUAUUUUCUCCUAUUUUUCUUUAAUUUGAAAGAUUUUACACAUAUCGUAAAGCUCCAAAUGUCGAGCAUGCAGAUUCUAGCUUUUGUCAGCGGCCUGGCUGGGCUGGGUGCCACUAUCGGUGCCACGGUGUCCAAUGAAUGGAGGGCCACCAGCCGGGCAUCCUCAGUCAUCACGGCAACCUGGGUGCUCCAGGGUCUUUGGAACAACUGUGCUGGAAAUGCCAUCGGAGCGUUGCACUGCAGGCCACAUCAUACCAUCCUAAAGCUGGAAGCAGUGUGGAGGAGUCACCUCGGCAGGUCGAGCAGCAUGUUUCAGGAGAUCGUUGCCUUUAUUUCAUCUACCUCGGGGUGGGUGCUGGUGUCCUCCACCUUGCCGAUGGACUACUGGAAGGUGUCUUCCCUGGAUGGAACCGUCAUCACCACAGCUACCUACUGGUCCAACCUGUGGAAGACCUGUGUCACCGAUUCAACUGGAGUCUCCAACUGCAAAGAUUUUCCCUCGAUGCUGGCACUGGAUGGCUACAUCCAGGCAUGCCGGGGACUGAUGAUCGCAGCCGUGUGCUUGGGGUUUUUUGGCUCUAUAUUUGCCCUUGUUGGAAUGAAAUGCACCAAAAUUGGAGGAACUGACAAAAACAAAGCCAAGAUUGCCUGCUUCGCUGGUGUAAAUUUCAUUCUUAGCGGCCUUUGCUCUCUCUCAGCCUGCUCUCUCUAUGCACACCGGAUAACAUCAGAGUUUUUCGACCCCAUGUCUUUGGCACAGAAGUACGAACUGGGAGCUGCUCUCUUUAUCGGCUGGGGAGGGUCUAUCCUCUGUAUCCUCGGUGGCAGCAUGCUCUGCUUCUCCAUCGCAGGUUCUUUUACCAAAAGCCACAGUCAAGCAAACUAUAUCUACAAAGGUGCUGCCUCACAUUCUCAUAUCUCCUCCUACCCGAGAGGGCAGGCAAAGUCUGUAAACCAGAGGCCGCCUCCAGAAUACAGCAACUCCUCCAGGGUGCAGCACUUUGAUAAGAAUGCAUAUGUGUGAGGGAUGUGAAUAUAGAACACCAGCAGAAUUUGCUCAAAUUCGAUCCGUCGCUCACUCGGAAUCCCGUUUAAUAUACUGACGUGUUUCCUCCAGGAGGAUGAAUUUAAAGGUGCAAUAUGUAAGAAUUGCCCACCUGUCGUAUUGAUACUGUAAACAAACACGUGGUAGCAUAUCACAACUGCAAAAUGCCUCUAACUGUUGCUGCCUUUAGCUAGCUUGCUCGGUUAGACAUGCAGCUUUGUGGACUGGGAGCGUGAUGGGAGUUAGCCGGGGCGAGCUGGUUAGCAUGCUAACUUCAAUAUAACUUUGCAACACAGUACACAGACUUCUUUGACAUAACGUCAAAACUGUUGUUUCUUGUAAUUUGGUUGAUAAUUCUGACGUCUGACUGGUCUCAGCUAAGAUUCUUACAUACUGAACCCUUAAAGUUGUGUGAGACAGUUUACUCUCAAGUAUAUAUUCUAUUAUUGACAGUUCUACAUAAAGCUGCGCAUUAAAUUUUAAGAUUGUGUGUAUUAUAAUCAGACACCAAGAUCAAAAAUAUUUGGUCCCAACGGGCCUUUCUUAUCUAAGUUGUGCAUCAUUUAAAAUAAAUUUAGGCGUCAGUGUGUAAUAUUUUGUAAGUCAUUCCCUUUGUUGGUUGCAUAUUUAACUGUAAGUACCUUGCACAUUUUGUUAAUCUGUAAUGACAAUAUUUAAAACUGUGUCGAACACAGAUUCUCGUGUCUUCUGUGACAUAACCAUUAACUACGAUUUUGUAAUAAGCAAACCUGAGGAAGGUCAAACAAGGACCGCAUUGUCUGUCUAAAAGCGGGGAUAAAAAAAAAAAAAGCAAAUAAAUAAAACUGUUUUU